GUUCUGUUUGGGUCUCAAGAAUUGCAAGUUAUUAUAAAUAAAGUUAAAAAUGUUUAAUACGAAAUUACUAGUGUCGUGUUUAAAAUAAGUGCGUCAAGGUGUUGCUUGACAUCGAUGAACAGAAAUGAACGCAUAACAAAAUUUGGCUCCAAACGAGCGUGAUGUCAUUGUGGUGCUAUAUAUUGAAGCAUUCAUAUACAUAUGUAUGUACACACAAUACUCGCGUACAUGAGUUCUGACUUAUAAUAAGAGUCAGGGAAAUCGUCAGUUAUAGCCCAAAAUUGCAUCUAUAAAUCGCAAGACAAAUAUUUCUGUUAGGUGUGUAUUUAACGUGAUCAUAACAUACGAAAAAUAGACCAUCUAUCGAAUGUGGAUUGAGUGUGUGCCUUAGUUUAGAAACUAAACUGAUUUUGGGUCGCAAUGGGCAGCGUCUGGAAACGUUUGCAGCGAGUUAACAAACGUGCGGCGAAAUUUCAGUUCACUGCCUCCUAUCAUGAUCUUCGACUGGAGACCACCGCUAAGUGGCGCCCUUCAAAUCUUUCGGUGGUUUGGACGAGACGUUCGAGGCGUGUUGCUAGCUUGCCGCUGCCAUGGGAGCCAGAUAUGAUGAACCCACUGGUGGGAAACAUAUCGUGGCCAGUACCAGACAAUCACGCUAUUUCGGUAACAUUAUUCAAGGAUCCACGCACUCAUGAACUUGAAGACAAAGACUGGACAUUUGUAGUCGAAGAUAUUUCACUACUGGGUAAAAAGCGCGUAUUGGCAAACGCAAGCAUCAAUAUGCGUAAAUAUGCUAGUGUUGAGUCAACACAGCAGAGCUUUACAUUGAGCCUUAAGCCAGUUUCUCGGAAAAUAACAGCCGCUGAUUUGGAAUUGACAAUAAGUUGUGUUUUUUUGCGCGAGGGUAAAGCAACUGAUGAAGAUAUGCAAAGCGUUGUCUCAUUUAUGUCUGUCAAUAACAACUGUGAUGUAGCGCCUCUUGACGACUUAGAGGAUAUACCAGACUUGGAAAAUUCCGGGGACAUCUCGGAUAAUUUAUAUGAUUUCACGCAACAGUUGGAGCAAAUGACAACAAGUUUAAAUGGUUGUACUGAUGUACCAACGCCUUUGAGCGUUCCCUCAUUGUCGGAAGAUCCAACCCCAUUGGCCGAGUCAUUUAACCCCAUACACUUUGAACUAGAAGCGGAUCAUGAAAAUGUACAGCCUUGGUCGAUCGUUAAAGCGGAUGAACCAUUAAAUACUCCUAGUGCACAUAAUUCAAAACUGGUUACUCUCAGGACGCCUAUUAAAGACGCUGAUCUGAUUAAGGAAGAAGAUAAUCAAAUUGCUAUUCAAUCGUUGAAAUCUAAUCAAAACGAAAGGUUCCAGCAAGCUCUCACAUCUACGCCUAUAGAAGCACAAAAAGCUACAGUGAAAAGUAAAAAUAGCUCAAGCAAAGCUCUCAUCUUUGACAAACAUGAUUGUAGCGCUGUCGACAUAGUAAAAUCACAGAAUAUAAAUUCACAUGACGAUGAAUCAACUGAAGUCUUAUCUUUGUCUACCACUGCUGAGGAAACUGGAGCCACACAAUCUAUCAAGGAACAAAAGAAGCCGAUAGAGGACCUGGCUGUAGUACCCAUUGCCAAGCGGCCUGAACUUCAGCCCCUGAAUUUAAAGAUAAAUUAUGAGUCUACACCUACCAUAAAUAAAUUUUCAACAGUAAAGAAUGCUGCUUUAAAGCCUGUGGAGAAGAUCGUGCUGAAGGAUAACACCCCUGGACAAGAUUUGUUAGAGUGGUGCAAAGAGGUAACCAAAGAUUAUCCAAAUGUUAAAGUGACAAAUUUGACUACCAGCUGGCGCAACGGCAUGGCGUUUUGCGCAAUAAUUCACCAUUUUAUGCCACGUUUGAUAGACAUGUCGAAGUUAAGUGCACAUGACGUUGUUGGUAACUGCCGUAUAGCUUUUGAUGCGGCAGAAACAUUGGGCAUACCUCGUGUCAUUGAGCCACGAGACAUGAAUUUGCUCACAGUACCAGACAAAUUAGCAGUCAUGACGUACCUGCACCAAUUACGGGCACACUUCACAGGAAAGCAGUUGCAAAUUGAGCAAAUUGGCCCGACAUCGGACGAGUCCAGCUACGUUAUCGGCAACUACAAGUCUGACAAUCUGUCGCAAAAUCUAAUAAACUUCUCGCACCUGAAGACACAGCUUUUACAUCAGAAUUCGUUUGACGAAGAAAACAUCUGUCAGCAACAACAGCUGUCACCCACGAGUAAAAAAGACGUCAAAAAUCUUAUAUUGACAAGUUCAAAGAAUAUUUUGGGUAAAGUUCUUUCCCCAACUAAAGACAAAAAUUCAGUCAAUGCAAUGCAGAACGCAAAUCAGACAACUAAAUCCUUACUGGGUCGACAUACUCCUCCUCCUCCUAUCGAUGGCAACGGCGAUACAUUUGAGGAAAUGCAAAAGCUUAACAAGGAAUCAACGUCGCCUAUGUCGUUAGAUGCGAAUGCGACAAAUCGAAUUUUAACGCGCCACAAAGAAAUGAGCGAAAAAGCUAAGCUGAUGAUGGAAAAAUUAAAAAUUUCUAAUUGUGAUGAACGCCCUGAAGCGAACGAUGAGGAUCGACAGCAGCGGUUAAGGGAGCAAGCACGCCGACUUAUAUUAGAAACACGGAAUAAGAUAGCAGGGCCUGUAAAUAGCGGUGUUGACAGUCCAACAACCCCAACUAAGCUCAAGCGAUUCAACUACACUCCUGAACGUACCAUUUCACCUAUACACAACGGCAGUAGCAACGGAGAGUCUUACGUUGACGUUCCCUCAAAUAAAAUAGCUUUUAUACGGGAUAAACCUGAUCACUACGUUAACCACACGAGUCCUAGUCAUAGAUUAAGCGACGGUAACAUCACUCCUUUGCAAUCCUUUAACGCAGUCGUGGAAAGGAUCUCACCAAAGCAUGAAAAAAAAUUUCGUUUUCAGAAUGAUAGGCUUACAUAUAUUGAGUCUGAACUGGAAGCAUUGGAACGUGAACAAGAGGCAAUCGACCAAAAGGCUAGCAGUCUGGAGGCCAAACUACGUGCAGUUAUGGGCGGUAAUCCAAGUAAUAAUAAAACUGAAACUGAAGAAACCGAAGAACAAUUGCUAUCACAGUGGUUUACACUUGUAAACAAGAAAAAUGCACUCCUUAGGCGGCAGAUGCAGCUUAACAUUCUUGAACAAGAAAAGGAUCUCGAGCGUAAAUUCACAAUGCUUAAUCAGGAGCUGCGCGCUGCUCAAUCUGUUGAGGAUUGGCGGAAAACGGAGGUGCAACGUGAAAAGGAGCGCCUGUUGUUAGAAGAGCUUGUGACUAUUGUUGAUAAGAGAGAUCAGCUGGUGCAACAUUUACACAAUCAAGAAAUAGCUAUUGAGGACGACCAUGAAAUAGCGCGUGAGCUUGAACAAGUAGACAUUAGCGGUAACAAAGAAAAGUGUAUUCUACAAUAAAAAAAAAAAAACACCUGACGUAAUUCAACUUGACUGGAGAUUAAACCUACACUGAUAUCUAUAAUAUUGUGGAUAUACAAAAUCAUGAUUUAACUAUGUUGCAGACUGGAAACAUAUGGGUUAAAAAUGUAAAAAAAAUAAUUGACAUCAAAACGUCCGAUAGCGAAUUAAGCAGCUUUAAAAUUUGAAUAAAUUCUUAACCAUUUUACUUAAAAGAAUGUUGUCAUGUACAUUUUAAAAUUACAUUUCAUUUACCUAACUAUAUAUGAUAAUUGCUUUAGUGCCAUUUAUUUGUUCCACUUGGUAAAAAUUUUCAAUUUCAAAACAAACCCAACUGUGAGUUUAACUCGUUGCACAUUAAUUUUAUUUUAGCUUAAAUACUACGUAUUAGAAAGCUUCACCCCUAAGAAUAUGUAUAAACUAUUUGUUAAGAAACUGGUUUUAUUUAGUUUUUACCUUUAUCUUAUUUAACUAUUUACUGGUGGUUUAUUUAUAUAUGUUACAAUAGUUGUAAUUGGCGUAAUGUAAAGCCUUUACUUCAACCAAAUGGUCCUUUAAAGAAUACAGUUUUUAUGUUUUCAAAUAAAUAUACGUUUAUUCAAAA